ACUUGUUCAGUGUAAGUAGUGCUGCAUAAAUGAUGGUUUUCGCAGGAGUCAAAGGAAAGCGGCUCUUGUUAAUACUUUUAAGUGCUGCUAUGGCAGUAGUUGUUUUUCAGUACUGCCAAUUGUUACCACGAUCAACCUCAACUUUGGAGUCAAAGUUUCCUUACUUUCCUCGAAGUUUAUCCGUUGUCAAGAGUAUGAGUGAAUAUACGAUCGAUGACAUCACACUCCACCUCUCAAGCUUGCACAAAACCGACUUGUCUUCGGGAAGUGACCCCACAAACUGUCGACCGAAGAGAAAAAUAGGAUUUCUCAAGACAAGAAAAACCGCUUCCACAACGGUGGGUAAUAUCUUGAUGCGCUAUGGAUACUAUGCCAAUCUGAACUUUGUUCUCCCUGAAUCCGGAAAUCACCUGGGCGAUCCUCGGACCGAUGUGCCCUUCAAUGUCGAGUCCAUUGAUAAUACCCCUUGGCAUGAUGAGUUCAUCUCCAACGAUCAAUACGAAAUGGCAGCUUUGCAUGUUCGAUGGAACCAGACCGCCAUGAAUCUCCUAUUAGGAAGACAAGCGACCUAUAUUACUUUAUUGCGAGAGCCGGUCUCUGCUUUUGAAAGUCUCUUCUCUUAUUACAAGUUUGAAGAUCGAUACAAUUUGACCUUAGAGGAGUACAUCGACAGAUUGGAGACCAACCCACGGUGGUCAAAUGAACGGUUCCAUGGUUACUUGGGAUUGAACCAACAAGCCUGGCAAGUAGGAUUGACCAGAUCUCAAUUGAACGACCAACGGUUUGUCCAAGAAGUGAUCCGCUGGAUGGAUUCUCAAUUUCAAUUGGUGAUGAUUAUGGAUCAACUGGAGGAAUCUUUAGUGCUACUAUCUCAGCUUCUCUGCCUUCCAUUAGCUCUAAUGGCAAGCUUAUCGAAAAACGUGCGAGUAGCAACAUCCCGGAAAAAGCUUGACGAAGGUCGUGCCCACAUUCUUAGGGAACACCAAGCUGCCGACGAGGCUCUGUAUGCCUUCUUCAAAGAUCGAUUGCAGAAACAAAUUAAACAAUAUGGCCACAACAGGAUGUCUCAAGCCGUAUCCGAAUUAAGACGAUUCAAUGCCUUCAUCAACGACACCUGUGUUGAGGGAUUAGAAACCAGGAUUACUAUGAAUGUGCCCAUCUUACAGACGGUGGUCAAGAAAGACUCCUUGGAUUGCCGUCUGCAUGGCACAAAUCAACCGAAUUUUAUCGAUUUGGUCCGAAAGAAGCAAUACGCCAGGUGGAAAUCGAGUUCCAUUUCAACGAUGGAUUAUUGACAAUAUUACAUCUAAUGACAUAUCAUUUUUUCAA